CACAAUGAUUGCGAAGAUGGUACGUUUUAGCAUUGUAGGAGUGAUAAUAUCCACCUGUGUGCAGCUCGGCCUCUCAGUGAAGAAAGAAAGUAGGCCUAUGCACUUUCAAGUUGCUGAAGAUCGACAAAAACGCUUUUCUUUCCCGGGAUGGAGCCAGGAUACCAGCAAGACGGGUUUGACGGAAGAGGAGAAAAUCGCCAUUCUUCGUAGACACAAUUACCACAGGAGUAGACCAACGCCUUCAGCCUCAAAUAUGAUCUUUUUGAUUUGGGAUGAUCACCUAGCAUCAGUGGCACAAGGAUGGUCAACCAGAUGUGACUUCGACCAUAAUUACAGUAAUGAUUACGGGGAGAAUCUGUCUGCUCAAAGCAGUUAUUACAACGUAACACUCGCAAUCGACGCCUGGGUACAGGAAGGCGAAAGCUAUGAAUAUGACACUAAUCGGUGCACCACAUCGACAUGUGCACAUUAUCACCAGACUUUACUCGACGAGUCACGGAAAAUUGGAUGUGGCAUGACAUUUUGUCGUUCUAUGACAACAGUUAGCAUGUCAAAUGGUUAUUUCCUUGUCUGCAACUAUUCCCCGGCCACGAAUAAGGGUAGCUCUCGGCCCUAUGUGAGUGGUACCCCGUGUUCCAAUUGCCCCUCCGCUUACCCGACGUGUGAGAAUAACCUUUGCCGUAGCCACCCAUUUUGCAGAGGUAUCGAAUGUAAUAAUGGAGGUCAGCUUAUGAGUGAUUUAUGUCUGUGUGACUGUACAAACACGGGAUACGACGACGCUACGUGUGGAACUCCCCCAGUAAAUCCGGAUAAUUCUGGAUAUCAAAACUCUACGGAAAACAAUUCAAGAAACGAUAGUUGGAAACUCAGUGGCAGUUUCGGCAUAUGGUCGGUUCUGUUUGCGAUCAUUGCGCAUGCGGUUUGGGAAGGACUGAUCAUAGAGAGGUCAUAACUUCGUUGAUGACAAGCUCAUAUACUAUCUCACGUAUCCAAGAAGCUCUAAACAGGCAUGCAUUAAAAGGUAAAAUAGAACCAUCCCAGAACCAGAAGAGACAACGUUUGAGAGGGCGAUUUAGACAUUGACAUGACCAUCUCACCAACGCCACCGCCCCCUUCCUCCCAUAAAAGGUUCCUCUGAAAUCACGUGAAGAUGUCCAUUACUUUCAAAUUUGUAUUGCGAGUUCUAUUGGUCAGAUCUGAAAGGAAAGAUUAAACGUAUUUAUAAAUUG